UACCUGGCCAAGGGCAGUCUGCAUGAUCCCCAACUGGACGAUGUGAAAGACUUCCAAGCCCUGGACAAGGCCAUGACAGGGAUGGGGAUGACCCCUGAGGAGAAGAUGUCCAUUUACUCAGUAGUGGCUGGAGUCCUUCAUCUGGGCAACAUUGCAUUUGAAGAAAACACUGAGGACAUGAAGGGAGGAUGUAAGUUAAAGGAUUCCACAGCAGGCAGUUUGAAGGCAGCUGCCACUCUGCUGGGUGUAGAUGAAGAUGAACUGAAAGAUGCUCUGGUCAGUAGAGUGAUGCAGGCCACCAGAGGUGGGGUCAAGGGGACGGUCAUCAAGGUUCCCUUGAAAGUGUAUGAGGCUCAGGGUGCUAGGGAUGCUUUGGCCAAAGCUGUAUACUCCAAGCUGUUUGACUAUAUAGUCAACAGAGUCAACCAGGCUAUCCCAUUCAAAUCAUCUUCAUAUUACAUUGGAGUGCUAGAUAUUGCUGGAUUUGAAUAUUUCCAGGUGAACAGCUUUGAACAGUUCUGUAUCAACUACUGCAAUGAGAAACUGCAGCAAUUCUUUAAUGAAAGAAUACUGAAAGAGGAACAACAACUGUAUGCAAAAGAGGGUCUUAAUGUGAAACGCAUAGAUUACAUAGACAAUGCAGAUUGUAUAGAACUGAUUGAAGGGAAGAGUAAGGGCAUAUUUGAUCUGCUAGAUGAAGAACACAAGCUCCCAAGACCAUCUCCAGACCACUUUACAACUGAAGUGCAUACUAAAAACAAAGGCCACUACAGGAUCUCCAUUCCCAGAAAGUCUAAACUGAAGAGCCACCGUGAUGUGCGUGAUGAUGAAGGCUUUUUGGUUCGCCAUUUUGCUGGAGCAGUGGUUUAUCACACAGUACAAUUUCUGGAGAAGAACAAUGAUGCUCUCCACACCUCCCUGGAAGUGUUGGUCCAGGAGAGCAAAAGCACCCUCAUGAAGACAAUCUUUGAUGACCCCACCUCCAAGAAGAUAGCCAGCGGGAAGCUGAAUUUCAUCAGUGUGGGAAGCAAGUUCAGAGCACAGUUGAAGACAUUGAUGGACAAGCUGGCUAGCACUGGAACAAAUUUCAUCCGUUGCAUCAAACCCAAUGUGAAGAUGGUAGAUCAUUUGUUUGAAGGGGCCCAAAUCUUGAGUCAGCUCCAGUGUUCAGGUAUGAACUCUGUGCUAGAUCUCAUGCAGCAAGGCUACCCUUCAAGAACCCAGUUCUUAGAGCUGUACAACAUGUACAAGAAGUAUUUGCCACCAGAGCUGGCCAGACUGGAUCCAAGGCUCUUCUGCAAGGCCCUGUUUAAAGCCUUGGGUCUCAAUGAAAAUGACUUCAAAUUUGGCUUGACCAAAGUCUUCUUUAGACCUGGAAAGUUUGCAGAGUUUGAUCAGAUGAUGAAAGCCGACCCUGAGAAUCUGGCCCUGUUAGUGAAGAAAGUCAAGAGAUGGCUGAUCUGUUCAAGGUGGAAGAAAGCCCAGUGGUGUGCACUGUCAGUUAUCAAGUUGAAGAAUAAGAUCAAAUUCCGCCGUGAAAUGUUGAUCAAAAUUCAGAAGACUGUGCGCAUGUGGAUCUGUGUGAAGAAAUACAGACCAAGAUGGCAAGCCUUGAAAAAGGUUAAAACUCUGCGGGGUCAACUACCGAACAUGAAGCAGAUAGUGAACCAGCUUAAACAAGACAAGGAUGAGUCCAGUAAACAAGUGGCUGCUUUGGAAAAGUCCAUUGAGACACUAAUUGUCAAAAUCAAGAAUACACCCAUGAGCAGACAGGAAGUAGACAAUGCCUAUAACAGCUUGCUGACUAGCAUGGAUCAACAGUUAGUGGCAGUGAAAAAGAAAUUGGAAGCACAAAAAAACAGAGAAGAACAAGAAAGGCUUCGAAAAAUUCAGGAAGAAAUGGAGAGAGAAAGAAAAAAGAAAGAGGAAGAAGAAAGAAAAAGAAAGGAGGAAGAAGAACAGAGAAGAAUUAAGGCUGAAAUGGAAGCAAGAAGAAAGAAAGAAGAGGAAGAGAGAAAGAGACAAGAGGAAGAGGACCGUAAGGCUGCGGAGGCUCUUCAGAAGCAGUUAGAGAAGGAAGCUAUAGAGGAAUCCAAGCGGCAGCAGAUGCUGGAACAAGAACGUUUGGAUCGUGAGUUGGCUUUGAGACUAGCUUCAGAAGAUCAAAGCCAAGUGGAAGAAGUGCAACUACAAAGGGCAGAGAGUGUGAUGGCCCAGAGACAGGCAGCUGCAGGCAAAAAGUUUGAUUUAGCCAAAUGGAAGUAUGCAGAGCUCAGAGAUGCUAUCAACACCUCAUGUGAUGUUGAACUGCUAGAGGCUUGUCGCGAGGAGUUUCACAGAAGGCUAAAAGUUUAUCAUGCCUGGAAAUCCAAGAAUAAGAAGCGCAAUGUUAAUGAACGCCAAGCCAAGCAACCAGAAUCUACUGAGGAGAGGGCACCACAGUAUGUCAUGGAACAAGAUGGUGGCAACAAGCAGAAACAAACCAAAGCUGGUAAUGCACCGCCUGCAAUACCUCCGAGGAGUGUUCAGAAGGAAGAAGCUAGUCAACGAUAUUUCCGCAUCCCAUUUGUUCGUCCUUCUGAUCAGCACAGAGAUGGAGAGAACAAGAAGAAGGGUUGGUGGUUUGCACACUUUGACGGCAAAUGGAUUUCCAGACAGAUGGAGCUUCAUCCAGAUAAACAACCGGUUUUGUUGUUAGCAGGUGUGGAUGACAUGCAAAUGUGUGAGCUCAGUAUGGAGGAAACUGGCCUAACUAGAAAGAGGGGAGCAGAAAUUCUGGAACAAGAAUUUGAGAGAGAAUGGGCUAAGAAUGGAGGGGAUAUGUACCUGAAAGCUAAUGCUAACAAAGUUUCUUCUAAAAAUUUACAACAGAAAUUAGGCAUAGUAGGAAAAUAGGUGCCAUUAUAUGGAAUAUGGUUAGAUCCAGAGGCGAGGAGUCACAAAGCAUGUAGAGCUUGAGUAGAAUUGAUAUGUAUCUUGUAGUUUGAGUCUUGUCUCUCAUUUUCUUGUGUUCAUUUCACAUGUACUAGAUGGUAUUUAUUGAAGCUUUUGGCAUGCAUGAAGUGGCGUGUUAAUUAUUUUAUGGACAGUGGUAUUGAGUAGUUUUGUCAGUCACUUUUAUAUUUGUAACUGUUUAACUGGAGACAAACAGGGAUGAAAACUAGUGUUAAAAAGAAUGAAUAAUGAGGUGGAAAAAUGGGAAAGACAAUCUUUUCACAUAGACAAGGUAACAGAAUGGUCAUAGAUAUUAUGAAUGGCUUAUAUAUUUUACAUUGCUGUUUUAUGAAUACUUCAAACUGUAGUCAGUUUUCUGCCAUGAGAGGAGACUAUUUCAAGAAAUUAACAUUCUAUCCAGACGUGAAUACUGUUGUGUACUCGGUGAGAAUGAAUGAAUACCACUCGCAUUAACUAGUGAGUUAUAAACAACAGCAGCAGUGAUAUGGUCAGAAAAGGGGAGUUUUAGUUUGCAAAGCAUUUUAGAAAGCCAGUGUUUUAAAAUUGCUAUUGGUGAAUGAAAGCACAUUAGGGACACUUUUUAUAUUUGCCUAGUGCUUUUUAGAUUACAUAGUUCAUGUUUCUAAUUUUUUAGUUACAAAUACUCCAUGCAAUACAUAAUUUUUUGCUUUGAUAAGGAAUGAUUCUUUGAAAUUUUUCAGGGGUCUGGUCACUUGAUUUUUAAAAAAUUGAUUCUAGUGUCAAACGCUUUGCUAGUUUUCUGUAAUGUAAGGACAAACUAAAAAAUUGCAUUGAUUUUAAACUUGAAAACUGUUUGAGUGUUAUGCAACAUCUCUAUUUUUAUAAAAAUUAUGCUUUAAAAAACUUACUUUAGGCAGUCCUCAAUCUGCAUGACAACUUGUGUACCUAAUGUACCUUCAGAGCUCAAAUGUAGAAAAUGCAGUGAUGCAUAUAUAUUGUACUUGUACGCACCAUCUUUGACAGGUGGUGACAUAAACUUGAACAUGACAGAUCUCAGCUCACAGUCAAUAUUAUAACUGUGUAAAACAACUUAAAUUAUUUCCAUCCAACAUGAUAUGUCAGAAAAACAGCUGCAGUCGGAAUUGAGGGUGUCUUUUCUUAGUCAGUAUUAUAUUUUAAAAGCAUUAAAAUAUUUGUGAAGAAGUUUGUGGUCGGUGUCGUUAUGUUAAAAUCUGGGAUCAUUUGUGUGUUUCACAAUUAUAGAUUGAAGUUGUUCAGUUGAACAGUUGUAAGUUAUUUUAAUGUUUGUUGUGAAAAUGAGACAAACUUCAUUUGACAGAAUUUUAAAUAUGUGAUUUAUAUAUUUUAAAAGAUGUUUCUCAUAUAUUAAUCGGACAUUCCAUUAAUCAGAAAUCAAUUAUGGGACCAAUUAUACGAUCAUGUUAAAUCAUAAUUUUAUGCGGACUCUACUUCAAGGAUCAGUUGAAAAUUGAAUUAUUAAUUUUUUGGUUUUAAAUGUGAUAUUUUUCAAUUGAGCAGAAAUUGGAUAAAGGGAUACAGGCAGAUUAUGAAUAAUUAUUCUGAUAAUGCAUUACCUUUAGCAUUUACUUUUAAGUGGCAUUUGCAAGUUUCUCAAUGGUUAAUAUAAUAAAAACAUUCUGUACGUGAAAGACCUAUUGUAAUAGCACAUUCAUGGGUCUUUUUGAUUCAACUAUUCCAAUGAAUAUAGCAAGGAAAGGGCAAGUUUGCUUACCUGUGUAGGAGUAGAAAAACUAAAUUACCUUUCUUUAAAUGUGUAUUGUUAUUUGUUGUCAAAUAUUUUUAUUGGUUACCAGGGAACAAUUUGAGUGGUUGUGAAUGAUAUAAAACAUUCCUAGUAGAGAGAAAUAUCACAAUAUUAAAUUUCAUUUAAUUUUGUAACUGCUACAUCUUUAGUUCCCAAUUCCCAUACCAUAAGAGGUCAUUUAGUGCAUUUGUUUUGCUCAGUAUCAAGACUGUGACUGUAUUAGAUAUUUUAGCAGCAUAAUAAUGAAAUCAGAUAGCAUUGUAAAAGAUUUUUCUUUGAUUUGUCAAUCAUUAAGGAUGUGGUCAGAAUCAUUGGUAAUAGAUUUGAAAAAGAUAGCAUAUAAUGGAAUCUUAUUAAGCCUUUAUAACUAUCAUUCUAUAUUCAAUGAUGGAUGCACUUUCACCAUUAUUAUCUAAUGUAAAAGUCUACCCUAAUAAGCAUGCAAAUAUCACUGGGUAAUGCAAUGAAUGUCAAGUGAGAAUAAACAUCUGUUGUUGAAAAAAGUUA